AUGGAUGCGGCUGCGGCUGCUGCGGGUCCUUCGUCCGGGUCAAUCGCGGCGGCGCUCGACGUGACCGUCUCGGACGAGAACAGCAGCAACAACGACAGCACCGACCCGGCGGCGGUGGCCACCGCCCGGCCGCCGCCCAAGAAGAGGCGGCGGCUCGUCAUCUCGUGCGUCGAGUGCCACCGGAGGAAGCAAAAGUGUGACAGAGGCUACCCCUGCACCAACUGCAGGUCCCGCGGCAAGGAGCACGCGUGCCGCUACGAGACGGCCGCGACCCCGGGCGCCAAGGCCGGCAGCGGCGGCGGCGGCGGCAGUGGUCCCUCUACCGCCGCACCUGCCCCUUCAACCGGCGAAAACACGCCGGCACAGCCAGCAAGCGACGGCGGCGGCGGCGACGACGGGACUGGGACGGGCAAGGCGGCCAACUUUGGCUACGCCGCGGCGGGGGGCGCGUCCACCAUGGGGUUCCUCCGGCGCAUCGACCGGGCCACGUCGUCGCCGGGCUUGGCGGGGGACUCGCUGACGCGCAUCACGGCCGAGGCGGGCCGGCUGGCCGACGACUUUGGCACGCGCGAGCGCUACCGGUGCCUGAUCCGGCAGCUGCCGGCGCGCGUCUACGUCGAAAAGCUGGUAGAGGUGUUUUUUGAAAAGUACAAUAUCCACUAUUACCCCCUAGAAUACGACGUCUUCAUGGCGCAGCUCGCCGAGUGGAACAGUCUCCCCUUCAGCGUCUUCACCACGGUCGGGCCGCGCGGCCUGAGCCCUACCCUGCGCGCCUUCCCGGCCGUGCUCUUCCAGGUCGCCGCCAUGGGGCUCCUAUCGCUGGGCAGCGACGAGCCGCACCCCGUAUACGACGCGCUCAAGUACGCGGGCGACAUGACGUUUGAGGACGUGGCCUCCGACUACAGCGAGUCGGGCGUGGCAGUGCUGUCGCUGCUGGGCAAGCGGCAGAUGUCGCUCUGCACGGUCCAGGCCGGCUUCAUCCGCUGCUUCUUUCUCAAGUACAUGGCGCAGGUGACCGAGGCCUGGCACGCCAUCGGGGCUGCCAUCCGGGACGCGCAGGAGAUCGGCUUGCACCGCGAGGACCAGGACCCGCGCCCGGUGGUCACGGUCGCGGCCGGUGUCGAGGGCGAGGGCGAGGACGACGCGGCCGCCGCGGCCGUGCUGCGGAACCAGUGGGAAGUGCAGCACCGCCGCUCGCUGUGGCACAUGCUCUGCCUCUGGGACGUGCACACGGGCCUGGUGCUGGGCCGGCCCCUGACCACCGACGGCGACGCCCAGCCACCUUUCCCCGUUGACUGCCCCGUCCCGACGGGCGGGCUCGAGGCCCGGUCCCGCACCGCCGUGCUCCCGCGCGGGCCCGACGACCCGCCCACGCCCAUGACGCGCAACCUGUGGACGGUCCGGCUGCUCCCGCUGCUGCGCGAGGUGGCGCGGCUCGAGGCGUCGGGCCCCUGCCCGCGCGACUUUGACCGCGUCGACCAGAUCCACCGCGAGAUGGAGGCGCUCGAGGCCCAGAUCCCGCCCUGCUUCCGCGUCGACAACCCGGACACGCGCUUCGACGACCACCCGGCCUGCAGGGGGUGGCUGCGCGGCGUGCGCACCAUCCUGCCGCAGCUCGCCUCCUUCGGCUACUUCGUCCUGCACCGCCCUUAUGUCUUCACGCGGCCACGCAGCCGCGCCGUGGCGCUGCGGGCCUGCGUCGACAUGCUGAAGGGGCAGCGCGCCCAGUUCGAGGGCAUGGCGCCCGAGGAGCACCGGUCCUUUGCCGUCUUCUUCGGCACCUUUGACGCCAUCGUGCUGCUCGCCACCGUCUUCGUGCUGUUUCCGCGCGAGCACCCGGACCUGCUGCCCGACGCGCUUCAGCACUUUUCCUGGGCCGUCGAGCGCUUCGAGGUGCUGUCGCGCCGCAAUAACCUCGCCCGGUCCGCCGUCGCCGUCCUGCGUGCCAUCUGGGUCCGCCUCCAGCGCUCGCUCGCCCGGUCCUCGGCCGUGGUGCCCGUGGACCCGCGGCUCGCGGCGGCGGCGGCGGACAGCGACGUCAUCAGUCCCUUUUCCAGCGGCAGCGGGCUCCUAGGCGUCACUCCAUCUACGGCGUCGGCUGCCACGGCAGCCGUGCCGUCGACGAGCGAUGUUAGCAUCAGCAUCAGCGGCGGCGACGGCGACGGCGACGGCAACGGUCACGAAAACAGCAGCGCCGGCGGCCUGGACACGCUCCUCCUGGCGCGGACGUCCGCCGAGCCCUGGUCCCUGCCGUCCGACUUUGACUGGUCCAGCAUCCAGACGCUCUACCCCACGACCGACCUCGCCUACAACGAAUUGAUGACUGGCGACCAUGGCGCCUUUGCCGGUGCCGGGGGCUUCCUGGACGACGGCGGCACCGAAACAGCCGUCCCCGCGGAGCUGCAGACGUGGCCGCCGCCGUCGCACGGCUUCUUCGGCAGCGGCGGCGGGGAGGGGGAUGCCCCUGCUCCCGGGGUCGUCCCUGCAGGCGCUGCCGCCUCAGGUACCGGCCUGGCCGGUGCUGACUCUGGCGGCACGCAGGGGCAGCAGAACAACACGGCUUGGCAGUUCGAGGGAGACUUUGGCGAUGACAGCAUCUGGCAGGUGCUCAACCUCUACACCCCCUUUUGA